GAAGUCGCAGGCUUUUCUCCUUGAGAAUUCUAAAUCCUGUCCAUAUUUCACGGAAACAUUUGUAGAUACGGUGCGUCUAGUCACAAAUGGAUUGCAUCGAAGGACAUAAAGCGUUAAGAACGAAACAGCUUCAGCUGGCUGGCUGUGCUUCACUUCUGCUGUUGAACAUAGCAGUGGGUAUUACGGUUAUAUGCCGGGUGGUGUCCAACAACCAAGACACACAGGUUACGAACAACAGAUUGAUGCAAGAAAUAAACAGGAUAUACGAUGAGCAACUGGAGAAAAUGAAUGAUGAUGAUAAUGGUGAUUCCAAACGUAAAGGUGGAAGGAAACCGACCAUGUCGCCAGCCUUCUUGAACCUCCUGAAACCUAUAGCAUACUUUACUGGACUGGACUUCGAUCGAUACAUUGAGAAUCAACAUGACACAGCCAUAAGAAACUGGGUACCCUUCGUCGGACCUGGAGGGCGACAACUGAAGUACAAUGGAAUGCAGUAUGAGCAUGGCAGCAUCAUAGUUCCCGCCACGGGUGUGUAUGCUGUGUACAGCCAUGUUAAAUUUUACACAGAAAAAAAUCGUCGGGGAGACACCGAAAUUGAGUUUCACCAUUCCAUAAUGAGGUACAAUGCAUUAAAACAGACGAGUAAACCUGCACUUGCUGACACAAUGUCUGAGAAUAAGAACGACGUCAUUGACGGAGGCUCUCUGGAAUACUCCAGUAACAUCCAUGGACUCCUGCAGCUCAAUGCUGGGGAUCAGCUGCUUGUUAAAGUAUCACAUCUGAAACCUCUACAGCACGACCGGGACUGGCAUUACUUUGGAGCAUACAUGAUUUAAAACAUCUCGGCAAUCUGGGCGGUUGUCGAUAUGUAAAAAAUAUCAUGUGUUUUUCCUUAUGGUGAAUGCUUGAAAUUCUAAUUUUAGCAGUGUAGCUGCUGUACAUUGUAUAUGAAGAGAUGGUGACGGUGUCCAUAGACUUCAUCCUUUAGAGGGCGUUAACGAUGUAUUCAAACUCUACUUUGAUGAAGACAGAAUGCCUUUUAGUGAAGAGUCUAAUACUUUGGUUAGAUGAGUCCCAUCCAGGAUUCUAAACAACCAUGUCAGAGUAAGCAUCUAUUCGCCAGCACACAAAGUCAACCAUCUCACCCACUCAGCCACCGUGGUUUGUAUUGAGAUCGGACAGCUCCUACUGCCGUUACUAGAGGUGUGUGUAUGCUUGUGUGUGUGUGUGUGUGUGUGUGUGUGCGUUUUUGCAAUCUUGUGUUUUGAAAUAUACGAAGGUUACAUAAACGGAUGUAUUUAGGUUGUAAAUGCUUGGAAAGUAAUUCAAUUACAAUGCAAUAACACCUUCAAUGGCAAUGAUAUAUUCGUUUUCAGACAUUUAUGCUUUAUAUCAGUUGUACAUAAUUUUACAUGCAUAGAUUCUUUCUAUAUAUUUUUGCAAUAAAUGUUAUUUCUUUCGUAAGAAA